GAGGGCGUCGUAGUUGGAUGCACACACCACACGAACCACUUCAUAGAGUUUACCAAAAAUUAAAAUACUUGCAGGAAUCCAGCGCGGUGUUUUCACACUUUCUUGCACUCUCUCCUCUUCUCUUCUUACUCUUAUUAUUAUUAUUUUUAUUUGGUAGUGGGGCUGGGCAGUCACUCACAAGCACCCCGACAUACGACCACCUUCGUACACGCACCCACGCACCCAUUGCACGCACCGUUCGAUUGUUGUAUGGAAAAGGUCAAACCAAUCGAACUUCACAUACAUCCAGUUUGAACACCAACAGCAGCGAACAGGAGGAGAUAUAUAUAUAUAUUGUUGUUGCGUUUUGUGUGGAAGGUAGAAGACAAGGAAAAUGAGCAGCCUCAACGACGGCUCCGGGCCGACGAAGUCGCAAAACGACUCUAUCCCCCUCGACGACGAGGAGAGUUCCAUGUCCAUCUACUCCGACGAGGAGGAAGGCGAGUACGACCCGUCCAACGAGCCGUCCGAGGUGGGCCACUCCUCGCUCGAUUACAGCUCCGUCAGCCGCACCUACCUGUCCCAGUCGCAGUCCCGCGGGCCCGCGCCGCAGUCGGAGGACUACACCGCCACCGCUAGCUACUACUCCAACGGCGCGGGCGGGUCAAACUCGUACGGCUACGACGACGAGGACUACGAGUACUCCAGCGGGUACGACUCAAUGACCUACGGCGACGCGUCACUUCGCUCCCCCAACUCGGAACUGAGCUCCACCUUUGCCUCGUUUUACUACGAAAACGAGUUUAUGAUCAAGGCUCGCUCGACGCUUCGCUUUCUGCGCCGUCCGCUAUAUUACUUCGCGUUUGCCGCUGCCGGCAGCGGUGCGGUGGGCAGCGUCUUUCGACUGGCGACCACAGUGGUGAAGAGGCAUUUAGACAGCGGCGUCGACCUAGUCGAUGCGUCGCUCAGCGCGCUGCCGGGAGGUGCGGGGAGUGCUCUGCAGAGUGCUGGUCUCGGCGCUGGUGCGCAGCUGCCUUCCGGGUAUCCGAACGUGCCGGCGUGGUUGCAGGAGGUGCGGGCGUCCUUGCCGAGUGUGGUGGAGGCCCCCGCGGCGUGGCUGCUGCAGCGCAACAACAUUCCUGUGCUGUCUGACCUCGUCAGCCAGCAACAGCAAAAACAGCUUCCGAUUAGUGCCACCGCCUCCGCGAGGUUUGGCUCCCAGGUCAGCUCCGGAGUGCAGGAGGCGUGGUGCUCGUGGCAAAAGACGGGUCCUGCCAUCCCUGUCGCCCUUUUCCUGCCGCUCUUCUCCGUCGUCGCCGUGAAGGUCGCACAGCACGUCCGACCAAAUCCGCACAGCCUCUCCGUGCUGCUGCGCGCACAGCAGGACGCCGAGGAUGCGGAGGUGGCCUCCGCCUACUUAUCCACAACCUCCCCGGCCCGACCGGUCAGCCUGAGCGCCAGCCCUAUCGUUGCUGCUGCUGCGGGGACUGCUGCAGGGGAUGGUGCGGCUGCCUCGGCGUUGUCGUCCGCACGCAGCACGAGCUCGAUGGACGUGCCACCGACCUCGCGCGCCGCAGCCCCUUCUCCGCCGCAGGUCCCACCGGUCGACAUCGCCAGUGCCACACGCGCCGCUGCGUUGGAUGACCCAACCGCGACGCCGGAGGCACGGCAGCCGGCCGCAGGUACGUUGAGCAGAAACAACGUGUCUCCCACCACUACCGGCAUCACGCCAAGCUCGACGGAUGACUUUGCCAGCGAGCCACGUGAGCGGUCACGGUCGACGACGCAGGCUCCGCUGACGCACCGACACGUAGCGGGGGAUGGGGUAGAAGAGGAGGAUAUUGAUGUCGACACCGGCGCGCGGGUGCAGAUGCCGUCCGCCUCCGCCGCAGCGAAGGGGGAUGCCUACGACCCGGCAGCGAAGCCAAAGUCACCUGCACCACAGCCGCCGCAGCCCGCGGCGGCGCUUUCUGUUGCCGGUAGCACCGUCACGACCGGCUCCACCACUGCACAGGGGCGGCUCGGGCAGCAGCGGGGCUCCACCCUGCGUGGCGACGUGGUGGCCGCCGUGGCGGGGACGCCGGAUGUGCGCGAGGCAAACGUGGCUCUUGUGGCGGCGGCCCGUUACGGGUGCAGCGCGGUGUUGCUGCCGGCGUCGCUGGAGCACGCCGCGGGCCUGCUGGAGGCGCCGCCGUCGCUGGCGGUAGAGUUCGUGCACGACGUCGUGGUAUCCGCGGUGGGGGUGGCGGGGCGGCGUGGGCUGGCGCUGUUGGGCGUGACGGCGCAGCGCUGGGACGCGCGGUCGCUGCCGCUCGACACCUUUGCGCAUCCGGUGAACGCGCUCUACCUCUUUGUGUCGCACGAGUCUGACAGCCCGGCCGCGGUGGCGGCGAUGUCGGAGGUGGUGCAGCAGAGCGUUUUUCUGGGUACGUCGCGUGGGGAGCUCCCGGCGAACCAAGUCUUCUACGAUCGCUUGCGGAAGGAGAAGGCAGCGAGUUAG